GUCCAGUGAUUUGAGUGUUGGGCUCACGAUCCGGAAUCCCGGUAAUAUCUCAAUCACAUUGUUAUCUCUGGGUUGGUUAGGACAUUACAGACUGAUCACCCGAAGUCCAAAGUAAAAUAAUAAAUUGCACAUCACACACAUGGGGCUCUACGUGCUUAAGUUCUGUGCCAUUCCUCCAAGGAAAAUUAGAUAGGCAAUAUGUCAAAAAACAUAACCUCCAAGGUGGGUGUAAUGAAACUAAAGGUUUUAACAUAAAAUAUUAUACCAAAAACUUAGAGUUAAAUCAUGUUCUCCGCAUCGAAAAUUAUGCGACGUUUAUUAUACAAAAAAUGUGGGGCUCAAGAAGUGUUAUUCACUUCCGUGAAUAAAGUACAAAUACCACAUAAAUGUUUUCAUAAUAAUGUGAACUUGUGUGUGAAAAUGUUCGUGGAACAUGAAAACAAAUAUGCCUAUAAAAUUAUGGAAAACAAAGGAUAUACAAUAAGCUUAAAUAUUCAAGACAAGAAAUCUACUUUAUCGAAAGAGAGAUUUGAAGACCUGAUGAAGGAAAAUUGGUCGACAUAUCAACCAAAGCAAUUGUUUGAAGUAUUUUCAACUCUUGGAUGUUAUUGCUCAGAACAAAAUAUAUGCAUAUCUAAUAAAAUAUUUGACAAUUUCAUAGAUAACCUGACGGAUAAUAUAAAAAAUGCCUCAGAUAACGAUUUGGUAACAUUAUUUUAUUCUCUUGCAAGAUGGCCAGAAACAGAGUCCAUCCGUACUAGAAACUACAUAGAAGUAUGGGCAGCACUGGAUGAUGCAUGUCUCAAUAGACUAAAGGACUGGAGCUAUGAUGAAAUGCUUUCUUUUCUUUCAUUAUUUUUCAUGCUAAAUGUAACAAGAGCAAGUGAAUUCUCUCAAAAGUGUGUACAAAGGCUUGUAAAUAAAGAAAAACAUUUGGCACCUGGCCAGUUAGUGCAGACUUUAUUUUUUAUAGGAAUAGUGAGAAAACAACCCUUUGAUAUGCAUAAUAUAGAGCUUCGUAUGCAAAAAUGCUUGCAAGACUUAUCCUUGGAUGACAUAGCAAUUAUGUCAAUGGGAUUUUUCAAAAGUAAAACACCUAUAAGGAGUAUGGAAUUAGUUGGAAGAAUUAUUGAUAGAAUCAUUGAUAACUCAAACAAUAUAAAUGAAAUUUCAUUAGCUUCACUAUUAAAAGUGAUUAGAUAUUCAGUUAAAAUAAACACAGAUGACAAAAUAUACAGACUAUUGGAUACACUACAACAUGAGGUUCAUAGAUUAUCUGUCAUGUGUAUAGUACAUCUAGCUUUGGUGGGAACUUCAACAUUAACAUUGCAUGAAGACUGUCUGACAAAAAUUGCACAUACAAUGAUCAAUUUGUUACCAAGUGCUAGAUUGAAAGAUUUGGAAAGACUAGUCCUCACUUAUGGAACUUUAAAUUUCAAACCUCCUGAAAAAGAUAAUUUGUGCUUCUUUGAAAAGAUAAUUGAUGAGCUUCAAAGUCCUAAUAGACAGGAGGAAGUUACAAAAUAUGGAAGGUCUUUUGCUUGCUGUUUAGGUUUUUUAGGGCUACUAGGAAUAUAUCCGUUAGAUUUAAUGAAAAAAGUUCUGAAUCCAGAGUUUCUGCUACACACUUAUGGGAAACAUUGUUUUUCAUAUGGAAGAGAAGUAUUAACAAUACACAACACUUCACUAAUAUUUCAUCCAGAUACUGAAAUCAACAGACUCAGUGAUAAAGUAGCAACAAUUCUGGCAAAAAAAUACACUGACUAUGUGCCAGAUGAAAAUUACAAAAAACAAUAUAAUGUUACAGAGAAAAUGUUUCUAGAUGUAUAUAAUGUUUUGAAAGAAGAUCGUGGAGGUAGUGAAUAUAUUAAAGGUGAUCAUAUUCUAACACACCAUCAGAGAGGAGAUAUAAUUUUGUGUAACAGUCAUAGUGGAACACCACUCCCAGUAAAUGAAAAGAUCAGAGAUAAAGACUUUGGGUUAAUUAGGACACCACCAGAUGAUAACCGUUGGAUUGUGCUAGUGAUAGCUGGACGAAAUACUGUAAUACAGGGGAGCGGCACACCAUCGGGGCAUGUCCUUUCGAAAAUUAGAGAAUUAAAUGCUUUAGGAUUCUAUUCAACCGUGGUACCUUGGUCUGCUUACAUUCAGCUGCAAACAAAAGAAGAAAAAACUACCUAUUUAAAUAAUUUAAUAAAAGAGGCAUUAAAAUGAAGA